CGUGUCAUGUCGUAAUGGCAUUUACCUUAGUCAUGAAAAAUACAAUAUUAAUACCCUUUUAUUAUUAUUACGUAAACUCAUUCAAUAUCCUCUUUAUAACAACAAUAAAUAAUCCGGUGAUUUGCAAAUAAAUUCAUGAAAAAAUGUCAACACACGGCAGUACCUUCUGUUUCUUUUUCCAUAUUGAUGGUUUUUGGGGCUGAUUUCGUCUCGGAAAAUGACGUCGAAAAGUCCGUCACGUCGUCAUCAAACAAUAAGGUGGCAACGGGCUAUCACGUGACAUAGCAACGUUGACGUUGCUGAUGGUUGUCAGCUGCACUUUUGUUUAUUGCCUUAAAAUCAUCAAAUAUUUGCAAAUAUGACAAAAUACAAACCUGUUGACACAGUGUAUGAAGAUAUCUACGAUUUCGAUGAUAUUAACGAUCAAUACUUCGGGACUUCAAUGUCCGGUGAAACCUUCACACUCGACUUCAAUGGUAAUAUAUUACCGCCAAUCUCCAGGCCAAAGCCUAAAGUUGACGAAACACGCCUUCCUCCCGUCGUUGUCGGUAAAAAUCUAGUUUCGAAACCAUCGCCGGCUAGAAAUUACUGUGAACACAGGUCUGCUACAAACAUUGGACUCAAUGAUGUUGCCUUUCGUAGUCGAGCUAAAACCCCGAGUGUUCCAUCAUGGCAUGCCACUGAAGAUUACAAGAGAGGAUUCGAAGACAAAAUAACAAAGUUGCCACAGAUUAACAGACCAUAUCGUGAACAGACCCGCCAAGCAGAUAGAGAGGUUCUCGACGAGGAUGCUUUAUAUAAGUCAUUAAUGGAAGGCAUUCAUGACAAGAGCACGAUAGAGAAAAGCCCACAAGUUUUGGAAUACGAGAGGAGGAACAACAUCAAGCAUGAAGAAUACAGAAGAGGUGCCCCUGAGAGAAAUAUGCGUGUUCCAAACCAUACUAGUGAUGUAUCUACAAUAGGGGAAUCUGUUACAGCCAAAAAAAUGCUUACUGCUCACAUAGACUCCCAUAGUUUAGAUAAAAUACAGGCAUCAAUUUACAGUCCGGCCCCUCCAUCAGCUCCCAGACCCGAUACCUCACAGCAAGGUAGUUUUAGAAACAGACGAAGGCUCCUGCACGUAACCACUCAGCUUGACGGGGAUAUUUCUGUACACAAUCCAUCGAAGGAAUAUUAUAAGCCACGCCCUCCGUCAGCUGAAGUUCAGAUCGACUGGGAUGCUGAUAUAAAAGAAGCGCUUAGGGUAGAACAGGAGCUUGAAGUUCUAAAUAAAGAACUUAUGAAGCAAAAGAACGCCGAAAUGCCAUACAAUAUGAAAAUUAUGCCUCCUGCAACGGCUACGAAAGCCAAUUCAAGUCUACCAGGUCGCACUACCCCUUGUAUGAUAGCCACAACUGCUGCAGUGCCAUACAAGUCAUCCGAGCCCGUCAAGAGUUGGAAUAAUGAUACAGCAAAAAGAGGGCUCGGAUUUAGGUCAAGAGUGAGGAAAGAGCAAGAGAAAAAGAAGGAACAAGAUAAAAGAAAGGCAAACGUGAGCAGUCUAAUACCAGAAAAAAUUAGAAAAGAAAUGCAAAAAUUCUUCAGUUAAAUUUGUUUUAAAUGCGUUUUACUUCAGUCUAUUUACCUUUCAAUGAAAAACUAACCCAACUUCAUGUUAAUUUAAGGGCAUUAUUUCAACUAGUGAUAGGAUGACUGCCAAUAGUAACUGGUUUAGUUGGUUUGUUUUUCGGUUUGAUUUGUUUUAUAUUUUGCUUUUGUUGCGUUGCUGACUUUGUAUUUUUUGUUUUGUAUUUUUGUUUAUUAUGUUUUAUGUAUAUUUUUCCUGUGUUUUGCACUAAACUUUGCUACUAUAUACGAAUGCGAAAGAGGACCGCAGGCGAAACUGUACUCCAUAUAUAUCCAAAUAUGAAAACGUAUGUAAAAAAUCAUAGUAACAAUGAUGUCCGGAGAAAAUAGUACCAAUUCAAUCCAGACAUCCCAUGCAAUGAGACAAGUGAAGUGCUUAGUGUUAGUGCAACGAAUAUAUAUUACCCGGGACAAGAUUACUUCUGUGAAACAAAUGACUGACCAGAUCGACUCACCAGACGAUUUACUCGAAAGGACAGUCUGUUAUUACGAGAGAAAAGAUAAACAUAUUAUAUCAAUACAAUAAAGAUAUGCGAGGAAGAAAGAGCAAAGGGAACAACGAGUAACAUAAAUAUAUGACAGAAGACUCUUGAAAAUAUGAGAAAAUAAACUAUAUAGAUGUGACGGUUGUUCAAGAGGUGAUAAACUUACUCAUGUUGUCGGCGAUAAUAUUGUCGUUGGAAAGACAUGUACUAGUAUUACAAACAUGGCAUCUAUCAAAGAAUGUACUAACCGUUUUAUGACACUUUGAUGGGAUAUAAGGAGAAUGUUUAGUUAAAUAAUUCACAUAAUUGAAAUUGUAACUGUGCUAUUUUUUGGAUAAUUUGUUAAUUAUUUUUGUUGGUUAUUUUGAACACUUAAUACAAUGAUUAUGCAUACACUGAUUAUUUGUUUUUGUUCAUUUAUAAGAAGUGGUUGAAUGCGUAUGCCUUACCCACACAAAAAGUGACACAUCCCUAUAAUGGUCAUGGUCUAAGGUCUUCAUUCUCGCAAGGCUGUCUGUGUCAGUAAUGUCUAGACAAACCUAGACUCAUCAGUAAAGG